UACAUUUACACCUCGCAUUCAUAACGUUGAAACCGAAUAAAUUCCAUUUCGGUCGCUCGUUAAAAUUAAAAAAAAAAAAUCGCCCGGAAUUUUAUAGACCACGUGGACGCUAUGGACGACCUCGCGAUCAGAUUAAAUCACCGGAAAGAUCCCGUAAUAAUCCUGGGAGAAGAUAAUGAACUGCUGGACGAUAAAACUGUGUACUCACCAGAGCCCAAAACCUAUCCCUUCGCAAUGGUCCUCCGACUUCGAGUGCUUCAGAUCGUUUGCGGCAUAACCGGGCUCGUGAUGGGCAUGGUAGCAAUAAUAGAAGAAAAAGGAAAAAUGAACCUAGGCUUGGCAAUACCAGCCGGAAUACUAACGGUCAUGGCUGCAGCCGCCAGCAUCUACACGAGCCACGGUUUCAGCGGUUACCGGUCAGUCCAGUGUAACCCGCGGUUACAGCCGUUCCGGUUCUUGGGGCCCACCGUCCGGUCGGCGGCGACGCUUACCUCGCUGUGGCUGGUCGCUUGUCUGCUGCACGCCGCCCUGCUGUACGUGUCAGCCAGGUCGCUGUUCCGGAGUGGCCAGAUUGCUGUGCUGGCCGCCAUACUCAUAUCGCUAACGGUGGUCACGCUGAUGGCCACUGCCGCUCUAGUGCGCAUAGACUGCAAGUACGACCCCGAUUGACCCGGGCCGGAGGCCCACAGCGGGCCAAUGGCUUCGGUCAGCGUGAUCGGGCCCAGUCAUUUGUCCACGGACAGGCCCACCAAAGUGGCGUGGGUCAUUUAAAAACGGUAUCGAUUUUCCGGUUUGUCAGGUAGCCCUAAUGCCAUUAUGUGUACACACAUUGUAUUGUAUAUAUUGACCCACGAUUGCAAUAUCUGUUUGUAUAAUAUUUUACCAAUAGUCAUCUUGUACGUUUCUUUGUUUGUUCAAAAUAUUUUGGAUUUCUUAUCAUUUUAUUUAAUAGUCAGUGUUAUCAGUUGAAAUACACUUAGAAUACACGAUACACACAGAAAACUACCACAUAUUUAAUUAGGUGCCUUUAAGCACCAAUCAGAUAAAAACAAUAAAUUUAAGAUGUGUCAUCAAAACCUGUUAAAUAUAAUGAAAAACACUAAACAGUCUGAUCACAAUAGAAUGUAGACUAAAAUUCAUAUCUGAUUACAAAAAAAAAAAUAUGUUAACAAUAAAAACAAUUUUACAUAAAAAAGUCAAUUCUUCUGGCUAAAUAGUUCAAAGUUCAAGAGUUUUAAAUCAAAUUAUAAAAAAAAAUCAUUUCUAUUGAAUUCUGACUUCAAAGUUAGUAAAAAAUUAUGUGAAUCAUAAUCGUAACAAUAACCUUUAAUGUAUAACUUACAACAAUGCUUUAUACUUAAGUCCAUUUAAAACAUUAAAAAAAAGAAACAAUUUUUACAAACAUUGCGUUUAUUGACGUUUAUUCAAUAGACAUUAAUAUCAUAAUGUUUAAAUGGCUGUGUAAUAAACAAAUAAAUAAUCAUCUUGAUACAAGGGCACCGUCUAAUAUUGUCCGGCGCUAUAAGAAGAAAUAACAAUUUUUCGUUUGGACACAAUAUACAGUGCACUGUUUAUUAUAUUAUGUUAACUGUAAAAAAUGACGCUGUACAAAUAAACUCGUUUUGUUUUUAUAACCUCAAUUUUUCAUUUCAAUAUAAAAACUAAUGUGUACCUAACAUGCGUGUUGUUAAGCUUUUACUUUUCGUUAUUAUUGUUUAUUUUACUUUAGCUCGUGCAGUCUUUUACCUAGCUACAAACAAUUCACAUUAAACUAUAUAUU